UAAGAAAAAAAAAAAAGCUAUACCCCCUCUCCCCGUCUCCUUGCCGAGCCCCACAGCCCCCUCGCUCCGUGGAUCUUCUUCCUCCUCGCGCGAGCGCCGCCACUCAUCCCGCUGCCGAGCGCCCGAGCCCCCUAGCUCGUCUUCCUCCUCGCUCGAGCGCCUCCACCGCAGGUCGCGUGCAAAGAUAAUGGAGGCAUGAGGAUCACCAAGGAAAAUCCAUCCACACAGCAGGAGUUCGAUCUUGGUCAAAUAAAUAAGUCAAGCCUUAAUAACUCCACUGAGUGUGAGAAUCAGGCACCCAACGGUGAUGAGAGGACUGAACAAGGAUCCAAGUCGGAGGCAGCUAAGACUGAGGAUGAUGGAUCAAGCAGAGACAAGGUCCUGAAGAAGCCAGACAAGAUUCUGCCAUGUCCUCGUUGCAAGAGCAUGGAUACAAAGUUCUGCUACUACAAUAACUACAACGUUCACCAACCAAGACAUUUUUGCAAGGGUUGUCAAAGAUAUUGGACGGCUGGUGGAAGCAUGAGGAACAUCCCUGUUGGUGCUGGUAGGCGCAAGAGUAAGAGCUCGAGUUCAAACUGCCGCAGUAUAUUGACUCCAGGAAGUAGUCUAGCCGCUCCUGUCGGCGAUGCUUCACUCAUUCCAUUUUCUGUAAAAGGAAAUGAGCCAGUAGUUACGUUUGGGUCUGAUGCCCCUCUCUGUAACUCCAUGGCUUCUUCACUGAGAGUUGAAGAGCAGAAUAAGAUCAGCAAUCCUGCGUCGACGGCACAUCCCAUAAGUGGAAAAAACCUGACCUGCCCACCUCCAACUACAAUUUCAGAUAGUCAAGACACUGAGUCAGUUAAAGGAACAGUCAGUGGACAUCAAAAUGGGUUAGCUGGGGACUGCAAUGGCGUCACUCCCGUGCAUCCUAUACCAUGCUUCCCUGGCCCUCCUUUUAUGUACCCAUGGAAUCCAGCAUGGAACGGUAUUGCUGCCAUGGCAACACCAAUAUGCCCAGCACAAACUGAAUCAGUAAAAUCUUCAGAAAAUGGCAAUGGAGUUAAUGUUCAAUGGAACUUGCCACCUAUGGUGCCGGUACCAGGGUUCUGUGGUCCACCCAUUCCUUUCCCACUAAUGCCACCUUCUGUUUGGCCAUUCGUCUCUCCCUGGCCUAAUGGCGCAUGGAGCGCGCCAUGGCUUGGACCUGGAUACAGCAUGCCAGCAGCACCUCCCACAAGCAGUAUUACAUGUUCAGACAGUGCUUCUCCGGUCCUUGGGAAGCACCCAAGGGACUCUAACCUGCACGGCGAUGAGAAGUCUGAAAAAUCCUUGUGGAUUCCCAAAACACUUCGGAUUCAUGAUCCUGACGAAGCUGCAAAGAGUUCAAUAUGGACCACUCUCGGGAUCGAACCAGGCAACCGUGGCAUGUUUAGACCAUUCCAGUCAAAAUCCGGUAGCAAGGAGCAAAUGUCCGAUGCAGCUCGAGUCAUGCAAGCAAACCCGGCGGCUCAAUCGCGCUUUCAGUCUUUCCAGGAGACGACAUGACAUAUCUAAAUUUGUGCUGUGUUUUCUCUAAGAUGUUAUGUCAAGAAAAUACUGUAGUCUUGAACAAUGAUCUGGCAACGUAGGUCCUGCACAACUGUACUAUACUACCAUAACAGUGUUCUCGCCUUCUCUCUAUAAUUUUCUUGUAGAGCAUGCACCACCCCCACCGGGUUCAUGGUCAGAUUGCCAGCACGUGUUUGGUUGUACAAGAAUAAUUGUCAAUAGCUUUUCCUAAUGCAUACGUGUAUUAUGCUUUCAGAGCUUUGGCCAGUGGUCAUGAACUCAUGACGACAUGGCCUGCAUACUCCAGUCAGAAACGGAAGAGAAGUUCAGGCUCCGGAGAAAUCAGUAAUUUCUGUGCUAACUUCUUGAUGCUGACUGCUGCCCUCUUCUGUAUUGCCAAUUGCCAUGUGUGUAUGUGUGAGUGAUGAUGAGCACUGAGUAAGUGAGUGGUAGUUGUAAGCUAUGUGGGGGAUCUAGAAGCAGAGCUAGUGGUUGCUUGCUCACCUUAAUCUGUGGCCUGCAUUCUGAUUAGUUGAGAUGCCCCUGUCUUUCACUUU